GUCCGCAUCUGUGACCUGCCCGCUCAUCUCCUUCUCGCCCAACUUAAUCUUGUCGAGGUAAUCAUGUGCGUCAGAUCUGAUAUUAGGAGGCAACUCGUGUUCAGCCGCGGCAGGUGAAUUGUCACUUUGACUUGUGCCGACGUUCGCUUCCACUCGCUUAGACGGGAUUGUUGACUCCGGAGAGAUACACGGUAAGUGCACAUGCGUGUACCAUGUACAUGCGUGCAAGCACUCUCUUCGAGUCUACGUCGCAUGUCGUCGUAGUUUAGGCGUCCUUUCUUUGGAGGCGGAUGCACAUGGCCGGGUGGUUGUGUCUCCAGAACCGAUUCUGUCGUCAUGAGUCACAGCGGACCACGGGCGCUAAAGAUCGUGACGAGGGUCGUAAGCCGUCUUGUCCACUUGGGGGGUACAUCCAGUUACCAUGUUGUCUACCUGUUCCCCCAACAGAGCCGUACAAGACUGGCAUUAUUCGCUACCCCUCUGAUGCCUCUCGUCACUACCAACUCAACAACCCCACCCCCACGCCGUGGAGACCCCGGCGUCGGCGACUUGCGCCUCGUCGUAUCGGACACGACGAAUCCGGCGAGCCUGGCGGGGUACGCGAGCGCCACUGUCGCCACUGAUGAAUCUCUUCAUUCCCC